CGCUCCGCAGGACCGGGGUCAGCUGAGGCUGCCACCCGUGUGUGUGCGAGCGUAGGUCACCGCCGGUCACAUGGGAAACAACUUUCCUUCACGUCGGUCUUGGGAGUGAAGCAGUCGCCCCCCGAGUACAGGUCACCUGUAAGGCUCGGAGGUGUACAGCAGCGGUCCAGGUGUCGGUCUGCGUUCUCAGCCACACCCCUGCUUCUCUCACGGUCACAGCUGUACCCCACAGCUCGGGUGGAGCUGCUUCCGUUCAAACAGCUGAGGGUGGAUGUGCAGGUGUUUAUCCGAGUUUACACCUGUGAGGCGCACACAAUGUUUCUGUGAUGUCACAGAUCUGAGAAAAGGAGAAAUUAGUGGAUGGAGGUGUGACUGAUGUCAGAGGGCCGUGCUGCGUCUCUUCUCUGCUCACAUUUUCUGCAGCCAUGGUUGCUCUCAGGUAGACCGGUGUGUCUGUUUUCCAACACCCUUGGCAGGCAGCGGACAGGUGAUCGUUCUCUCGUGACGGUCUCCUGGCGGCCAUGUUGGAGCGCCUCCUGCUGUCUUAAAGCCACCCGAUGCUGAGGUCGAGUUUCUCUCGUGACCACGUCCGUCUAAGUCAUCUCUCUCCACGUGUUGUCAUACGGAGUCGUGCCUGUGAAGCCGUCAGCUGAUCAUGGAGGAGUCCAGGGAGCAGCCUGCCGCCAUCGCUGACCUGGAGAUGAAAUGCGGAUCAGAGGAGCCCACUGUCAGCUCACAGACUUUCUCCAAAGAAUGCACCUUAAGCGUGACACCAGCACACCUCAGAGCUGACAUCCCCAACACAAGUGGCGGCGCCGCUGACAGCCCUGCGCUCGCCAAGGUCCCGAUGGAGGAGGAGGAAGAGGCGACCCCCACGCCGCCAGAAUCAUCGCCAAGUCCAUCAUCUGAAAACAUGACUCUAACAAUCGCCACCACCACAGAGGAACCCACGGAGGCUGGGGCAGGACCAGGUCUGGACGUGGAGGAAAGCUCCUCGGUGGCGACAGCGGGUGGCUCAGACGACCAGCUGGAGUCCACGGACUCGGCGUCAUUCUCCAUCCCCAGCUUGGAGCUGUCGGAUGGGGUCGUGACAACAGGAAACUCCCUGGACGUGGAGGACGGCCUGUCGUCGUCGUACUCGGCGCUGGGUGCGGAGGGCUGCUCGCCAUCCAUCGAGGUCCCAAGUCUGCAGGACGAGGCGGCGCUGGAAGCUGCCGGGGGUGCUGCUGCUCCUCCUGCUGCGGCACCGGAGCCUGGGCCCUCCAUGCCAGCGUAUUACCUGGUGAAGUGGAUCACCUGGAAGGAGAAGAAGACACCCAUCAUCACCCAGAGUGAGAACGGACCCUGCCCCCUGCUGGCCAUCAUGAACACGCUGUUCCUGCGCUGGAAGGCCAAGCUUCCGGCCCAGACGGAGGUGGUCACCACCGAGGACCUGAUGGCUCACCUGGGAGAGUGCGUGCUGUCCGUCACUCCCAGACAGAAGGCCGACGGCAUGGAGCUCAACUUCCAGCAGAACAUGAGCGACGCCAUGGCGGUCCUCCCGAAGCUGUCUACGGGGCUGGACGUCAACGUGCGUUUCACCGGCGUCACGGACUUUGAAUACACGCCCGAGUGCAUCGUGUUCGACCUGCUGGACAUCCCGCUGUACCACGGCUGGCUGGUCGACCCUCAGAGUCCAGAGAUGGUGGCUGCUGUGGGCAAACUGAGCUACAACCAACUGGUGGAGAAAAUCAUCGACUACAAACACUCUGCAGAAAGCAGCCGAGUCAGUGAAGGCCUGGUGGCGGAGCAGUUUCUGGAGUCGACGGCGACUCAGCUGUCUUAUCACGGCCUGUGUGAGCUCAACGCGACGGCCAGAGAGGGCGAGAUCUCCGUGUUCUUCAGGAACAACCACUUCAGUACCAUGAUCAAACACAAGGGGCACCUGUACCUGCUGGUCACGGAUCAAGGCUUCCUGCAGGAGGAGUCUGUGGUCUGGGAGUCGCUUCAUAACGUCGAGGGUGAUGGAAACUUCUGCGACUCUGAUUUCCGGCUGUGUCAUCCUCCUCAGAGAGCUCCACCCACCCCCCACCUGCCACCCAGCGCCCAGGAGCAGCAGCGGCAAAUUGACCAGGACUACCUUGUGGCAGUGUCCCUGCAGCAGCAGCAGGGCGGGGCCCCGGGGCCCCUCAGUGACCUGGAGUUGGCCCGGCAGCUCCAGCAGGAGGAAUAUCAGCAACAGCAGCAACUCCAGCAACAGGGUUCAGUGCAGCAGGUCAGAGGUCAGGGGGCACAGCAAUCCAGGAGAAGAGACAAGGACUCAGACUGCGUCCUCCUGUAGACUCUUCAGCAACGCCGCCAUCAUUGUCGUCUGUCACGCCGUCGGACUCCUCUGUGUGUCCGCGGCGGGCGGGUGAGGGGUCACGUUCGAUGCCAAACCUCCCAGCUUCCCCUUUGUUUCACAGGUCAAAGGUCUUUAGGACGCGCUCUUCGCCAACGUCUUUAUUAACCAUUAAUAUCGGACAGCGAUGAAGUGAUCAGACGGAGCUGUGGCUGAAACACGACCUGUGACUCUGCAGCUGUUAUUUCGCAGCUCCUACUCCUCUGAAGGCUUCCUGAAGUAGAAAGUCUUAAAGGGGAGGAGCUAAAACAAAAUGUUUUAGCUCCUCCCCCUUUAACCCAGUGCUUGCUAACCCCGCCUCCUACUGUGGCUGCGGUUGAAGUUCCUGAAACGAAUGGAAACACGAUUCCUGCCUCUUUCAAACUCGGACAAAUUUCACUUCGUACAAACCAAACGACUGAAAGCUGCUGGCUCUGUGAGGAUAUGCCCUCUGUGACAUCACAAAGAUCCCAGACUAGGACAAAAUGUUAAGAAUGGAUGUUCCCUCCAAAUCAUUGAAAGUAAGAUGUAAUUAAAGAUAAACAUCUGAGCGCUGUUGUGCUGUUUGUGUUACUGUACGCUGAAGCUGACGAGCACCUUCAGGCGACUGUUGUUGUAAUUUGGCGCCGUGAAAGUUAAACCAUGACAUCGUGUUCCCACGACGAGGACGGAAAAAUGAGGGUGUGUCUGUUUGGCCUGACUGAAGGAGCCGAUGUGACGCGGCAGGCCAUUAUUAACCUCGAAUGUGACGCAGCGCUGCUUUAGCUAAAAACGGGUCUUUCACUGGUGUUUCCUGGGACCAGUUUGACCAGAACCUCCUAAAUAUUCAGUCUGAAGUUGUGAAAGAAAAAUAAGAUCCUGCGAUUCUCCGACUGGUUGUUUGUUUCCCUGCAGAUUAAAACGAGGUCAUUUGACCAAAUUAUGACAUCAAAGUUUGGAUUAAACACGUAAAAAAACAUUUUAAUAUCACUGAGUUCUUUCUUUAAACACUAACCACGACUGAUUUAAUCACCAAUAAAUUUGGCUUAAAGGAACAAAUGUAAACACGCGUUGAGUUUCAUGUCCCACAGAUCCAUGAUUGAGUCACUGGUUUAUUUUGUGUGACUCAGUUUUUAAACUUGAACUAAAGUCUUGAUAUAAAACGUUUACCUGUAAAUGAUUUCGUGGCCGUCGUUCACAGUGAGUGGACAGACUGGACUGUGCGUCUCCGAGUUCAGACUUGGUGCAGUUUCUUCUUCAGAUCAAAGAAUUAGGAACUUGUUUAACGCCACAGCAGCGUUCCCGUCAUGCCUGUCAGGGUUUUAGGCAAAAAGAUGGACGUACCUACUCUGACGCCACCUGCUGGUUAGUGAGAUCGUCACUGCAGAACAGCAGUUCACCUCUUUGAAACCAGGCGGGUCCACGUCUCACAGAUUUGUUCGUGUCAUUAACCACCCAUGCAGAGCCUACUCACCUCUACAGGGCCUGAAGUCUUUGCAGCUACAGUUAUCGCCAUCUGGUGGCCUUCAGAUAGAACGCAGGCACUUUCUCUCUGGCUUAUUUUUUUCACCUCCAUGUUUUUAUCGUCUGUGGUAUUUUAUUUAUUAGUUUAGUUUUCUUUGUGACUGAUGGCCCGCCGCUCUGUUCAGGCUUUGUUUAAUCUGCCGUCCUGUCAGAUCGUCAAUAAAAACUCUGAAUUU